CCUCAAAUGAUUUCCAGGCAGUACAUUUUUAACCCUGAUGUUAUGCAUCCUGGGGUACUCCCAAACGUGACAUAUUUUUCAAGCCUUGUCUCUGAGGGAUUCAACUUUGUAUUGAAUCAUCAGAUAGGCUUUCCCGAACGGAUAACUAUAAGUGGGUUUCCCUGAAGCUUAUAGUUCAUCAAGAUCUUAUUUUGGCUAAAAGUGGCUGUGUUGGCCUGAAACCUGUGACUCCAAAGUGACCAAAAGUGGUCGUGUGUUGACCUGAGGCCUGUCUACACUGAGCAGGCAUCAGACGAGAGGCUUAACACUAUACUGGCUACAAAGCCAACACUAAAGGAACAUGUUACCUUCUUCGACAUUGUUUACUUUUUUCCUUUUAAGCAUAAUUACCUUUGUUUCCAGUCAACUUUCAAAUCCCUCAGCAUCGCUAGAGAAUGGUAAUGUAAAACUGACUUUUAAUGUACCAACGAGCCUUAGAGAAGAAUUAGUUGUCAUCAGACUAGAUCGUGGUGAUGGAAGUCGAUCACAAAAUAUUUUAUUCAUCUACAAAGCUGACUUUAGCACUAAAGUUGAAGCGACCUUAACAAACAAGUUAACUGUAACAACUUCAGCCUCAGAAAGAAAAGUUGAGAUCGCAAUAUCAGGUGUCCAGUCAGGUGAUGCAGGCAUGUACCAGUGUUGGGAUGGUGCAGGAGCUUCUGGAACUGUGCUACCUAACUGUGGUCAUAAACUGAUUAUUGUUAGUAAACCCAAGCCACCCAGUAUCCUUUCACUGACCAGUGCUCUAGAAGGGCAGACACUAAAACUUUCCUGUAACACUAGCUCUACAAGUUUACCACCUGACCAUGGACUUAACUCAAACAUACUUUGGAGAGAUGAACAAAAUACUAUCAUUGGUAUACCUGCUGGAAACAAGUUUGUUAUGAAUGCUGACGGCCAUCUUGAAAUACUGAACAUACAACGUCUUGACAGAGGGCGUAAAUUUACAUGUACAUCAUCAGACAAGGCUGAUAAUAUCAAUAAUGCACCAGUCUCUGACCCAAGUCUACCUUAUGAGAUCAAGCCUGAAUACAAACCUUCGUCCAGUGAUAUGGUCCUGGAUCCAGCAAUUGUAAGUGAUUCCAAGAUUGUAAAGCAUGAGAAUGAAGACUUGACCAUCACUUGCACUAUAACCUGUGAACCAGCCUGUUCUGUCCAGUGGUCAUUUCAAGCUUAUGCUUCCUCCAGUUUCAGUCCAGUACAACUGAGUGAGUCUCACAUUUUAAACCUGAAAGUGAAACAAACAGAUCAAGGAACUUACAGAUGUACUGGUACCAACAAAUAUGGAGAAACUUAUAAAGAGUUUCAACUAGAAGUUCAUUACAUCAAUACCCCUGUGGUCAGGGUUAAUGAGAAGACAGAAGACAGUAGCAGAGUUGUAGAGAAUGAGCAAGUUAGACUUUACUGUACCAUAGAUGCUAAACCAGUGCCAAAGAUCACCUGGAACUCUCCAACUGGAGUUUUGGUGUCAGAAGAAGGAAAACCUUCACCCCAAGUCUCAAGCAGAGUUUUACAAAACAAUUACACCAAUUCCUACACUCUGAACUCUGUUCAAUGUGAAAACAGUGGGAUGUAUUCUUGUGAAGGCCAUAACAUUGUCAGCUCAGUGGAGAGAAAGAUAAACAUCCUUGUCAUGUGUCCACCAAGUUCAUCCGCCAUUCCUGCCUUAGCUUUGGAACCAGAAUAUGUUUGGGAAAUGUCCAAAAGCUUAAGUUUUUCUUUUGUGAUCAAAGCUUUCCCAGAACCUGAAGUGAUCAGAGUUAUUUCAAUGGUCAAUGAUAUCUCACGUACAGAAGAAAAAAACAAAGAUAUCACCAUAACAAAGUCUAGCAAGUAUGAUGGGAAAGAUUACCUGACAAAAUUUACAUUUACUGUCAUUAGAACACUUGACAUGAAUGACAAAGAUAGAACUUUUAAAAUGACAUUUGAAUCCUCAGAAUUUAAAAGAGAUUUACAAUUUAUCAUCAGACCCAGAGGUCCACCCCAACCAGUGACCAAUAUAACCACAGUAGACAUCACACACAACUCUGUGAAAAUAUUUUGGUUUGCUGCUUUCAAUGGAGGGGAACAGCAAAAUUUCAAUGUGGAAUACAGACAUUUGACUGAGUCUUCCAGUUCUCCAUGGACUACUGGUGCAAAAGACAUCAAAGAUCUUCACCUUUCUGGAAUGUGGACAGAAGCAGUGAUAGAAAAUCUAGGCUCCAGUACAGACUACGAGUUUAGAAUAGUUUCCUCUAAUACCCUUGGCACUGCACAAUCUCUACCAUUCAGGAUUAAAACUUUAGAUGGACUUUCUAAGUCAUUAAAUGGUGGCGUCAUUGCUGGCAUUGUUAUCACUGUUAUUAUCUUCAUUGUCGUCAUCUUUAUUGCUGCUAUUCUCAUAUACAGAAAGAAAACAAAUGCUAGUAGACGUCAUGAAUACAGUAAAGCUCAUCCCCCUUAUGACACAAUUGUAAGAGGGGGUAUAAGAGAUGAACAUGAAUAUUCUGUCAUUGCUAAAACAUCUUUGGCACGUUACAGUAAUGGUGGUAUAAAAGAUGAACAUCAUUACUCUGAAUUAGUUGAAACAUCUAAUGGCCAUUAUAUGAAUGUUUCAACCAAGCGAGAUAAAGACAACAUACAGGAUAUUGAUAACUUAGACAGGUCUACUCAAGACAGAGACGAAGCUCAUUAUCAAUCCAUUGACUUAUUCAAGUCUUGACAAGUUUGAUGAAACUUUAAAACUACCAAUGUGACUUUCAAGUUAUAGAUUGCUGAAGGCUUUCUUCAUCACAUAGUGUGCAAUUAUCGAUACUUUCUUUUCAUACUGAACAAGUCGAGUGCCAGGUGAUCCUGACCUGUGGAAGAAACUGGCAUUAAAGAAACUGUGUUUUAUGUAACUAUGAAUAAUGACAUUGCUGUUUGUUUGUUUGUUUGUUUGUUUUUACCGAGAAAGCUGAAAGAGAAUAAAUCAGAAAUAAAGGUAGAAGAGAUCAACGCCAUCAUUUCUAAUUUCGGAGAGCGACAAAAAUGUAAUCUCCCUUCAAUUUCUUUUGAUAGCACUAAAUGAAAUAAGGGAAAUAACUUGUACAUUAUUGAUAGAUUAGAUAUAGUUAUAAGGGCGGAGCUCUUCCCCUUUUAAUUGUUUUUUAUUCUUUAUUUGGCAACAGAAAUAGUUCAGUAGGCCGUCCUUGACAUUGAGUAUUUGUUUCUUACGUUUUUCACAUUCUUGUUUUUAUUUCCUUGGGUUUCUCUAUUGAUAAAUAUAUAUCAUGUGUAUGUUUCUGUUGUAGAUGAUGUAACAAUAAGUAGAUGAUGUAACAAUGCGUAGAUGAUGUAACAAUAAGUAGAUGAUGUAACAAUAAGUAGAUGAUGUAACAAUAAGUAGAUGAUGUAACAAUAAGUAGAUGAUAAGUAGAUGAUGUAACAAUAAGUAGAUGGUGUAACAAUAAGUAGAUGGUGUAACAAUAAGUAGAUGGUGUAACAAUAAGUAGAUGGUGUAACAAUAAGUAGAUGAUGUAACAAUAAGUAGAUGAUGUAACAAUAAGUAGAUGAUGUAACAAUAAGUAGAUGAUGUAACAAUAAGUAGAUGAUGUAACAAUACGUAGAUGAUGUAACAAUACGUAGAUGAUGUAACAAUACGUAGAUGAUGUAACAAUAGCACACAAUUAAUUAUCUAUACAAUAUUAAGAAAGGAAAAUAAUUUUUUAGAGAAUUUAAUGGAACGACAGUGCCAUGUACCUAUGUGCCAAAAUAAUUACAAAUUAUCUAAGAAAAAUAAUUUUAAAUUAAAUCUAUGAUUCAUUAGUUAUUGUACAUAAUCACUCCUGCAUACUUUAGUCAGCUGUAUGAGAAACGUUUUUUUUUCUUAUAAUAAGAGAGGCUUAGCAAAACAAAACAAAAAUCAUUUUGACGUCAAAUUCUUAGAAUGGUGCGUGAAUUUCAAAACAAUACUUAAACUUAAUGUUCUGAAAAUAAGUAGAAGAUACAAAUCAUUUGUGCAGAAUAAGGAACUGCCAGGUAGUUUAAUGAACCACACAAUAGAAACAAUUGUGCAGGCUGCUUUUCAGCGCUGGAGAGUCAAAUUUGUAGGACCCCAUGCCUUUCAGAAUUAAUUAAUUGUAUCGGUUAGUUGGCAACAGCGGUCUUUUUAUAUGGCGUCUUUAACGCUAUUAUUCUCUUGAUUUCAAAAUCUCUUCCAAUCUUCAAUGUUUUUCUUGAUUUCAAAAUCUCUUCCAAUCUUAAAUGUUUUUUAAAGUUUUUAUUUAGGUUCCAUUAUAUCGCCUCGAAAUUUCUAAAUAUGGCGUUCUCUUUUUUUUUUCCUCCCCUCUCUCUCUCUCUCUCUCCUUGUAUUUUAUUGCUUAAAGAACGCUUAUGCAUUAAUUUAGUGGUUAAAUAAGGGAGAUAACCUGGAAAAGAAAAUACGUAAAAAAAAUAAUGAUUCAUUGCCCUUUGUUAACGAACGCAUUUGCAGCUGUGGACUAUAGUUGUCAAUAUAGGACAAAGUGUUAAUGUUAGUUUAAUUUGGAAAAAAAAAGCGUGGGUGGGGAGAAUUUGGCAUAGAAUGAGUUCGUUGUUUCCAUUAAUUGUUUUCCGGAAUUUUGAACUAAAUGUAAGAACCGUUCGAUGGUCCUUCAUGUCUAACAAUAAAGUCUAUUGGCGUUUGAUUUGAUAUGAGGGCACUUUUAAAACGCUUUAACUCUUUUUCUCCUAAUUAAUGAUCCCAUCGUUCAUUUUACCCCAUUAAAUUAAAUUAGUUUUUGGUUUUAUAAACGUGUAUUUGUGUUUUAUAAAAAAAGCAAGCUUUCUCCUAUAAUUCUAUGCCUACAAAAAAUGUGAGCCCCGCACUUUCAUAGGCCCCGCUGUAAUUUCCUGAAAACUCAUAAAAAUGUCCUGAAAAUUGCAAAAAUUGUCAUUUUGGGGUGUCAUUCAAUAUGGAAAUCGCCAAUCCUACUCGCGAUUUAAAAAAAGGCAUUGUCAGCUUUCAUUUUAAAAAAUAAUAUGGCGAAUUUUAACCAAAACAGGAAGUUCCAAUACUUCAUUUACUUUAAUAGUCACUGGCAUAUAAAUAUAGAUUUAAAUAUAUCUCGAUCUCUUAAAAAAAUCAAAAGCGAUAUUUUGCUAGUCGAUAGUAAAUCUAAAAGGCAGAUCUGAAUGUUUAUCGCCUUUUUUUUUUAUUGGAAAACUACCUUCUAUUGUAGAUGGCUCGUAAAGUUAAUUUGACCGUGAUUUUGUACUUAGAAAAGUUUGAAUAAAAUCCAAAGACGUAUUUAUUUUGUAACAAAAAAUCUUAACAUUUUCACUUAUUAUCCUUAUCCCUACCCAGACUAGGCCCCGCGCAAUCCUUUUCGAGUAGGGCCCCGCAAUCUGUAGGACCGGCCCUGACAGGGUAGAAUGUACAAAUGUGGAAAAUGAACAAUUCUGUCAGAACGUGGAAAAUAAUUACGGACCUCGCUUUGACCGUCUCUCUAGUCCAGCCUAUCGACCUGGCAGCGAUGUCAUCAUCCGUCUCUUGACUUUCGUCGUAACUGUGACAGUUCCCGUAGCCAAAUCCCUCCACUCAAAUAUGCAUAAACAGGUAACAUGGCGAUCUAGAUAUCAUUGAUAUUUCUUUCUAUGCCUAUUUAAAUAUUGUUUUAAAUCAAAUUAUUAGAUCCAACUUUUGAAAUCACACUACCAUGAAUGCAAGACUGUUCUAAUGUGGCUUUUUUUUUAUAAUGCAUUUAAAGUUAACUUAAGCUAUUGUAGAUGUUCAUACAUGGGGUAGAAGCUGUUCAUACAUGGGGUAGAAGCUGUUCAUACAUGGGGUAGAAGCUGUUCAUACAUGGGGUAGAAGCUGUUCAUACAUGGGGUAGAAGCUCUGCAUAGUUUACAUUUUGGUAUAUCCGAUGUACACUAUGAAGUGCUGAUAAGUUUAGUCUCUUACAAUGGAUAGACACAGUGUGUGUGUGUUCUUUUUAGCACUACAAAAUCAAUUUGUCUAAACUCUUCUGUUUGUAGCACAAACUCAGUUCAAUAUUGGGGUCCACACUUUCACUCUAGGAUUGAAAACUUAGUUAAAAACAAAUGGGUGACUAACUAGAGGCAAUGAGGGACAUUGGAUACAAAUAGGAGCUGCCACGUAGUGACAUUUUGUUAGAAUUAUAGCCCAACGUUUUUUAAAAGAUGGUAACAGGAUGUUCAAUUUAGCACCCUUGACACUAAUUUAAGUUUAUAUUGAAAAUCUCCAAUUAAAGGAUUAUUAUUGUUUCAAAACACCUUGUGUCUUACUAUCUUCAUUUUUACCAAUUCUACAGCAAAAAAUCAAUAUUUUGAUGCUAAGCUUCCUGAAGACGGAAAGAUGCAGUGGCCUCUAAGAUUUUUUUCAAAUUCAAUUUCGGUUCUAAAAAUUUACUUUAAGCAUAGAAUUUAAGGAAAAAAAAAACAAACAAAACAAUUGGAACUGGUGAUGAUCAAAUGUAUAGAUCCAUGGACGUCUUGUGUACAUUUUAGGUUGAUUUUUUUAUAUUUUAUUUAUAAGGAAGUUUUCCUCACUCGUGUGAGUUUGAUAAAAAAAAAAUAACUUUCCAUUUUAUUCAUUAUUUCAUGAAGUAAACUUGGUAGCAGAGAAAUAAAUAUGAUCAUCACUAAGGAAAAUAAAGUAUUUUUGGAACAA